ACGACGAAUAUUGGGUCAAAACCCGAAAUUACAAGCCCAACGCGGGAAAUCCAAUUAAAUUAACGGCACAAAACUGAAGAGCACCGAAACAGACCAAUAAAAAACAGCCACGUGGAUAGACGGUUAAGAUUUGAAACUUCACGCCUUUAUUCUUGAACCGUCGCAACCCCUGUUUGUUCGAACUCUGUAUAUAUAUGCACACAAACGCUAAUUUUCUUGUCCAUAUCUUUCUGAUGAGCGGAUUCUCCGAUACGUUGAAAGCCCUGUCUUGUUCUACUCCUUAUUAUUCGUCAAUGGCGUCGCUGACGUCCCGUUUGGAGCACUCGGUGACGCCAGACGCUCUCAGGUCCUACCUUGCCGAGUUCAUCUCCACGUUCAUAUUCGUCUUUGCCACCGUUGGGUCCGUUAUGUCUUCAAGGAAAAUGGUGCCAGACGCUGCAAUUGAUCCAUCUAGCCUGAUUGUGAAUGCCAUUGCAAACGCAUUUUCAUUGGCAGUGGCCGUAUACAUUUCGGCCAAUAUUUCCGGUGGCCACGUGAAUCCGGCUGUCACGUUUGGGAUGGCGGUUGGGGGCCACAUCAGCGUCCCGGUGGCUAUUUUCUACUGGAUUUCGCAGUUGAUUGCCUCUGUUAUGGCUUGUCUUCUCUUGAAAGUAACCACAGUCUCACAGCACGUUCCAACCCACGGGAUUCCACAAGAGAUGACCGGGUUUGGAGCAUCCGUGUUGGAAGGGGUGAUGACAUUUGCUUUGGUGUACACUGUCUAUGCAGCCGGUGACCCGAGACGUGGUCCACUGGGAGCCAUUGGACCAUUGGCAAUCGGGUUCGUUUCAGGAGCAAAUGUACUGGCAUCCGGGCCAUUUACUGGUGGGUCGAUGAACCCGGCUACCUCAUUUGGGUCUGCUCUUGUCGGUGGCAGUUUCAAGAACCAUGCAGUCUAUUGGGUCGGACCAUUGAUCGGAUCGGCACUUGCGAGUAUCCUAUAUGACAAUGUGGUGUUCCCUGUUCAAGUGCCGGCUAUUGCAGAUAGGGUUGGGGUUUAAACAUAGGAAAUGUUGGGCCUCUGUCAAUUUCUUUGCUUCUGUGUAAUUGAUUUUUGUUUUGUUUUAGUUGCUUUGGAAGCUAAGUUGGGUGCUUCAUUGUUUUAGGUAAUUAAUUAGUUCCUAAAAAAUAAAUGUCGUGUAGCAAAUUACAAAGUUGAGGUAUUGCUCUGACCUCUUAAAGGUUCAAAGCCUGAUGACUAAAAAUGCAUCUUAAAUACAUUCAGGCUGAUACCCACAACAUGGACAUGUUU